CGCUCCGGCUGGGAAACGCUCGCGCCAAGAAACGCCUCCCGCCGCCGGCGAACUCCCACGGCCAUGGCGAAACGGCGCCGCCGCCGCGAAACUCCUUGUUCCGACGGUUCCGACUCUCUCGCCACUCGCUUGAACCAGCACAACCGUCGUCCAGAUUCAUGCGAAGAAGCGGAGUCUCAGAGCGGGCGCCGCCGUAAAGCGAAGAAGGUAAAGACGUUCUCGGCCUCCGAAACCCUACUCGUUCAAUCCGAGACGACCGGAGCUUCUUCCGCUUCGAGCCGGUACGCUUCGCUCGCGUGCUCGAUCGAGCUGCGUCGCGAGGCGAAGCCGAGGAGGAGGGAACCGAGUAGGCGAGGGCGAGAGGAUCGUCGUGAAUGGGCCUACGCUUCGCGCGAUCUUUCUGGAUGUGGAGACAAGGUUGUGUUUGUCUCCUACAACAUAUUGGGUGUCGAGAACGCGGCGAAGCAUCAAGACUUGUACGCUGAAGUUCAGCCGAGGUUCUUGAAGUGGAGGCGCCGGAAGAAGCUCAUACGCGAGGAGCUUAAGCUUUAUGAUGCCGAUAUCGUUUGCUUUCAGGAGGUGGACCGCUUUGACGAUUUAGCUGAUCUUCUUAAGAAGGAUGGCUUUGGAGGUGUGUACAAGGCUCGAACAGGUGAAGCAAAUGAUGGAUGUGCCAUAUUCUGGAAAGAUGAUCGAUUAACCCUUGUCCACCAAGAUAAUAUAGAGUUCAAGACUUUUGGACUUCGUGACAAUGUUGCUCAACUUUGUGUUUUAAAGAUGAAGCAAAGAGUUGUAUCCAACUCACCUGCACAGUCAUCCGAGAGUCCGAACGACCAAAAUCAGCUUUUGCUUGUCGCCAACAUCCAUGUGCUGUUUAACCCAAACCGAGGAGAUGUCAAGCUAGGUCAGAUUCGACUGCUUCUUGAAAAGGCUCAUCAGCUAUCCGAAAUCUGGGGCAAGAUUCCUGUUAUAAUUGGUGGGGACCUGAACAGCAUGCCCCAGAGUGCCAUUUAUCAGUUUCUUGCUUCAUCAGAGGAACCGAAUGGAUAUUCUCUCCUUUGGAAUUUACUGCAGUUGGAUAUCCAACUACAUGAUCGCAGAAAAAUCUCCGGACAAAUUGGCUGUCUAUCGGCAAAUAGUUCUGUCAAACAUCAAAACAGGAAUUCAUCGAGCAUCAAAUGGAUGCCUGCAUCGAGGCAAUGUGUAAAUAGGUGGAAUGAUGACGAGUUAAGACUUGCCACAGGCAGCGAAAAAGUUACUCAUCUUCAGCACCACCUAGAUCUCUGUAGUGCUUAUUUUGGUAUUCCAGGAAGUUGCAGAACCAGGGACAACUGUGGGGAGCCCUUGGCAACUUCUUACCACUCCAGGUUCAUGGGAACUGUCGAUUAUAUAUGGCAUACGAAGGAACUUGUUCCUAUUAGAGUUCUUGAAACUUUACCUAUUGAUGCUUUAAAUCGUACAGGAGGUCUUCCAAGUAAGAAAUGGGGGAGCGAUCAUCUUGCUCUGGUAUGUGAACUAGCCUUUUUGGACAGAGCAAUCACCUUCUUGGGAAAUCAUCAAUCUCCGAAUUUCUCCAUGACAACUGGAAUUUCGCCAGAGUAUCUCCCUUGAUAGUCUCAAUUAGUUUUAUAUACAACAUUCACACGCGCAUGCACAUACACCCCUUUAGGUUAGAGGAGUUUCUCGCUACCAAAGGCUUAACUAUUGAGCUCUCUUAAGAGGAGAUUUGAAGUUCUCAAAACUCUCAUGUGCACAUGAGAUCAUCUUCUUCCAUAGGAUUUUU